AUGUUCAUUACCGGCUUUUCCGACAUAAUGCACGAGUCUCGUAGCUUUCCGCGUUUUCUUCCGCGUGUGGGGAAAAAUGUAACUCUACAUAUUGGUGAGGUUGUCCCGGAUUCUAGAUUCUUAGACUUGAGAAGCAAGUGGCAUGACCUUAAACACCAAUACCGCGAUGACGAAGAAUACCUAAAGACUGGGGAAAAGGUUGUAGAGUUAAGAAUCGAGACGACGGGAAGGGUAAGAGAGGAGGUUGCAAAACUGAGGAGAAGAGUUGGAUUUCUCGAGGAGGACGAAGGUGCCGGUAAGGUAGAAACAUAUAGGCUUCAAGGGAUGGGCAUGAGGGAAGGGAAGCUGGCAGAUGGAACGUGGGAGAAGGAUACAUAG